AUGGCGAUGACGGUGCAGCAGCUGGAGGCCGUUUUGAUGAGGGCUGCCGCGGUGCCUUCGGGAGCAGCGGACAGGCACUGCGCGCCCCACGGGACCGCCGAGCGUGGCGACGCCGGCGACGUGAUCCGCGAGGUGUGGGCCUGGAACUUCGACGCCGAGCUCGGCGCCCUGCUCGCGGCCGUGGUGGCCUGCGGAGGGCUCGGAGGCUGCCUCGUGGCGCUGGACAUGGAGUUCCCCGGCUUCGUCGUCGAGGAGCCCCGCGCGUGCUCCAGGGCCGCCCGGUACGAGGUGCUCCGCGAGAAUGUGGACAAGCUGUGGCCUGUGCAGGUUGGGAUCGCCGUGGCCGAUUCAGACGGCGCUCUCGUGGGGGUGUGGAGUUUUAACUUGCGCUUCGACGCGCAGAAAGAUGCGAGCUCGGCAGCCGGGAUGGCCUUCUUGAGGCGGGCGGGGCUGGACUUUCGCCGACAUCUGUCCGACGGAAUUCCGGUGGAGCACUUCGGCGGCCGCUUCGCGCAAUCGCCCAUGUUCGGGUGGCACCGCCAGGCGCCGUGGUGGCUGACCUUCUCCGGCUCUUACGACCUCGGGUACUUGCUGAAGCUGCUCUCGUGCGGGAGUCCUCUGCCGGCAGAGGCUGGUGCUUUUGACAAGGCGGUGUCCGUGGUGUGCCCGUGGCGAUACGAGCUGCGAGAUCAGCUGCCGCGCGGUUCCCUGGACACGCUGGGGAGGAGGCACGGCGUGCCGCGGAAGGGCAUGGCCCACACUGCGGGCAGCGACGCGCUGCUGACGCUGGAGCUGUUCCUGCUGAUGCGAGAGGCCGCCGUGUGGGCCCGUCCGGGGCUGCCCAGCGGCUACUGGGACCACGAGGCGACGAUCUUUCCGCCCGUGGAGUGGCUGUCCAUGACCAGCAACUGGCGCGCGCGCGCCCCGCCGCCUCUGUCGCUGCUGUCGGGCAGGAGUCGGCGCCAGGGCACCCAGCUGUCGCGGUCCGCCCGCUCCGAGCUUGGGCUUCCCAGGUGA